AAUCCCAGUACAAGGCCAGCGCUCGCCGCCGCACGCGCUUGCGUCAUGCGAACAAUUUUAAAAUAACCUACAAAUUACGUAUUGUUGUUUAUACAACUACUUUCGGAUUUCGAAGUGUUAUCGAAUCUGAUUGGUCAGAUAUUAUGUCAUUUUAUAGAUUAUGGAGUUGUGGAUUUUGAACUUAUCUUUACGGAAACCGGCUUCGAAGUAUGUUUAACAAGGAGUAUAAGCGAAAUUAAAAGAGAUAUGGUAGUAAUGCUCGAUUUACCGGUGCGUGAGACAUAGUGCGCGUUGUUUGCCCUCGAAAUGAAGAAAAAUAGUAGUGUCAAAAUUUAUAAUUCGUGUGUUGUGAGUGGCACUUGACUUCCUAACAUAAAAAACUACAAUUUAUUUAUUAAUAUUUCAUUUAGAACAAUAACAUAGAGUACAAUAUGUGAUACAGAUUUAAGAAACUGAGGACAAAUCUACUAUCACUUGACAAUUAAAUAAAAUAAUUCUAUUUAAAAAUUAACAAGUACUAUAUACAAGAUGAAGUUCGGCAAGAGAAUAGUGUUGUUUAACCUCUUUGUGAUGAAUUUGGUGGACCAGCCGGCACCAGAAGUGGAGAUUGAACAAGGAGUUCUGAGUGGAAAAAUUAGUCCAGAUGGAAGUUUCUACGAGUAUCUUGGAAUACCGUAUGCAACCACCAACAGCUCCACCAGAUUUAAGGCACCACUACCUCCUCCUUCAUGGAAAGGAGUAUUCAAAGCAAUCGACGAGGUAGACCUCUGCCCACAAAACUCAGUAUUCGGUAUUAUUGGUACUGAAGACUGCUUGAAGAUAAAUGUUUACGUCCCUGUUUACGGUAAAAGACCUCUCCCAGUCAUGGUCUAUGUUCACGGAGGAGCGUUUAUCCUAGGGAGCGGCGGAAAGCUCUUGUACGCACCAGAUUACCUUAUAAAACAUGAUGUUAUUGUCAUAACAUUUAAUUACAGACUUGGAGCUCUUGGUUUUCUUUGUUUAGGAACUAAGGAUGCUCCGGGUAAUGCUGGAUUAAAAGACCAGAUUGCUGCUUUAAGAUGGGUUAGGAAGAAUGUUGCAGCAUUUGGCGGAGAUCCCGAUAAUAUAACAAUAUUUGGACAAAGCGCGGGUGGAACUUCAGUUUCGCUAUUAUUAGCUAGUGAAGCCACUACUGGGUUGUAUAAAAGAGCUAUAGUUCAGUCUGGGUCCUCUCUGUCUAGUUGGGCGCUAAACAGACAGCCUAAAUGGGUGGCGAGUCUUAUAGUUAAAGAAUUAGGACACGACACAAACGAUCCAGAAGAAAUAUAUGAAAUACUGUCCAAAACUUCAUUUAAAGAUUUAGUUAGAACAAAACCCGCAAGACCUCUAGACAAAUAUUUAGAUACACAACUACUACAUCUGCCCUGUGUGGAAAAAUACAUUCCUGGGGUGGAACCAGCUAUAACUGAUUUGCCAAUUAAUUUGCUAACAAACAAACCUAAGACGAAUGUAUCAGUUAUGUACGGAACUACAAGUAAAGAAGGUUUAUUCGUUAUAUCGAAAGAUGAUGACAAAACAGUGAAAGAAAGAGAUGAAAAAUAUAUUUUCGCUUCUGAUUUAGAGUUUCCAUCUGAAAAACAAGCAGAAAUAGAAGAUAAUAAGGUUAGACAGUUUUAUUUUGGUGACGAAAGAAUGAGUAUGAAAAAUAUAUUGAAUAUAUCAGAUAUGUUCACCCAUUUGUAUUUCGAAGUACCGUCGAUUUUGGAGUCAGAGAUAUUGAUGGAAAAUUCAAAUAUGCCUGUUUAUAAUUAUUAUUUUAACUACGCUGGUGGACGGAAUUUUUUGAAAUACAUUACUGGAUUUAAACAUGAAUCAGGAGCGUGUCAUGCCGAUGAACUGUUAUAUAUAUUUCGGGGAAAUCUUUGGCCGUUUCCUAUAAGAAAUAAAGACCAGCAAAUGAUUAACUGGAUGACAAAAUUAUGGACCAACUUUGCUAAAAAUGGUGAUCCUACACCGCCACACGACUCGCAAGAACUUCCUGUUAGAUGGAGCCCCAGCAAGAAAGAAGAUGUCAAGUUUCUACACAUCGAAGACGAGUUAACAAUGGGUAGAACACCAAACCCAAGCGCAUAUCGUUUAUGGAAAGACUUGUAUAAUAAAUAUAGGAAAAAAUAUGUGGAUAUAUAUUAGAUAGA